CAGUGCAGUGAGCUGGCAGCGGCGGAGGCCGGUGAUCGCUGGGACAGCCGAGCCGGACAAGGCACUCACACACACUCACUGACUGACUGACUGACUCGGAGCGCUCUGCCAGUGAAUGAGAGACGGUGGCUGCUGGGGGCCAAACUAGCAUGGAGUGCCCUGUGGACGCGCAGAGUCUAAUCAGCCUGUCCCUGAGGAAGAUCCACAGCUCCCGCACCCAGCGCGGGGGGAUCAAGCUGCACAAGAACCUGCUGGUGUCCUACGUGCUGCGCAACGCCCGGCAGCUCUACCUGAGCGAGCGCUACGCCGAGCUGUACCCGCGGCCGCCCUGCCCGCAGCCCAUGGAGUGCGGCGGGGACCCGGCCAUGGAGGAGAUCCCCGAGCUCAGCCCGCUGCAGAUUCCCGAGGAGGGCGAGGACGACAUGUACCAGCUGCCCCGCAUCCAGACCGGCGCCGAGCUGCUGGAGCCCGCCUGCCCGGCCGAGGAGCCCCUGGAGCUGCCCCCCUGCGCCCUCACCCCAUACCCGCGGAGCAGCUGCUGCUCGGAGGAGCCGGGCGCCGGCAGCACGCACUGCCAGCAGACUACUGUGCUGGACCUGGACACGCACGUUGUGACCACCGUGGAGAACGGCUACCUUCACCAGGACUGCUGCGCUUCCCAGUGUCUCUGCCAGCUGGCACAGUGCCCAGCGCUGCCCCCACAGGUGCCCACGGCGGCCCCAAAACGCAGGUACUCCCAGGCUGGCUGCUACACCUACACACCCGGCCAGGGGGACGACGAGGACUUGGAAGCCCAGUUUGCCCCCUGUAAGAGGGGGAGGUAUGAGGACUUCUUCUACCACCCCCAGGUGGGACCCCCAGAGCACAGUGACUCCUCCAACAUCUCCAACCUGAUCUCCAUCUUCGGCUCCGGCUUCUCGGGGCUGAUGAGCAGGCAGGCAGAGGCUGAGCAGACCUUGAAUGGACACUUGUGUGGGAAGCAAGCCCUGUCCAGCCUGGGAGCCUGGACCAUGGAAAUAGUGGCUUUCUAGCAUCUGCUGGAGA